GGUUAUAGUGAACGCUACACGUCAAUUCGUUAAACAUCUGCAGAAUGGAGCAGUCAACGGUGCUGCUAAUAGUGUUCACGGUGAUGGUUGCCGGCCAGUCCAUCGAUAAUCCAAUUUUCCCUCUCGAACAUUGUGGCAACAGGACGGCCUGUUUCAAUAUAACGUACAUGGAGAAGCCGGACGAGUACUGUAAAGAAUUCGCUGGCAAGGUAGCGGUGCCUUCGAAGCUGUGUGUUAACGGUAUGAUUCUGUGUGACGGUCACAAGUAUUCGGCUGGUUGCUUGUACUCGGUGAACAAGCUACGGGAUAACUGUGAUUAUGCGAAAGAGAACUGUUACGCAGAUUUAAAGGAGGGCGCCACUGAUCCAGCUCCAGAAAAUCCCAUCUUUCCUGUCGCUGCCUGCGGUAACAGGACCGCUUGUUCGCACAUCAAGCAUGUGGAACGCACGGACGACUUCUGUAAGGAUUACGCUGGCUCGGUAGCGGUACCGUCAAAGUUGUGUCUAAAUGCUAUGAUUUGGUGCGAGAAUCGUAUUCUACGAGGAUCCUGCCUGAAAUCAUCUGUCAGACUAUCGACAAACUGUAAUUAUGCGCGUGAUAACUGUUACAAAGAUUUGGCGCAAUCUGAAACGACCACGGCAGGUUAUACUGGAGGCUCUACCGAAUCUUCAACGUCCGAUGCGACCACUGUGGAGUAUAAUACAGCUACUGCAACAUCUACAUCGUAUGACACAACCACAGCUGGGUGGUACACAACUACUUCCAAAUCUGGAGCGACUGAAACAACCACGGCAGGAUAUACUGGAAGUUCUACCGACUUUUCAACCUCGGAUGGCACCACUGUGACGUAUGAUAGAACUACCUCAACAAAAUCUACAUCGUCUGAUGGAACCACUCUGGGGUACACUAUGGGAAGUUCUACCGAAUUUUCGACGUCUACCACAACCGAUGGUGAAUAUACGACGCCGGCAACAAACGAUACGAAGGUGGACACAACUUUGACAGAAAGCACUACGACGCAACAAACAACAUCCGCUGGUCCACGUGCUGGCGACCCGUGUACAUCUGCUGGUAAGCGAGCCGGAAAUGCUGAUAACUGUCUUACAUUCUUGGAGUGCUCCGGAGAGGUUUACGAGGAAAAUGCCUGCCCCGAAGGUUACAUCUACUAUGAAAGAUUCAGCAUCUGUGUACCUGGAAAUGGGGUAAAGUGUCAGCUUUAUGGUCAGCUACGUAAAAGAGCGAUUCGUGUGACACCGUUUGCCGGAUAAUAUAUUUUAUGUUUUGUUGAGGACUUUUAUUCGCAAGCUAUUACACAUCUUAAUCUGCAUCGGCAGUGUUUUUAGUUGUAUUAGUGUUGAUUCACGAUGGUGGAGGUUUCUUUGAAAGUGGGUUAAAAGAGUAGAAAUAAAUUGUACCUUGAAGCAUUCGUUAAA